AUGGCUGAACAAGGCACCCAAUAUCCCGACGACAAGGUGGUUGAGAAGCAGACUGCGAGCCCCGGCUCCUCGUCUGAUAAUGGAGAAGCUGGUACCACUGGCAUCAACGAGAACGCGCUUCUCCGCAAGAUCGAUCUUCGCCUCCUACCGGCCGUGGGGAUCCUGUACUUGCUCUCCUUCUUAGACCGAAGCAACGUCGCAAAUGCUCGCAUCGAGGGUCUCGCCGACGACUUGGGGAUGAGUGGCAAUCAGUACCUGACUGGUCUUACGUUAUACUUCAUCGGUUACGUGUUGUUCGAGAUACCGUGCAAUAUAAUCCUCAAGAGGACCUCGCCACGGCUAUGGCUGCCCACUCUCACGAUCGCUUGGGGAAUAGUCGCGACGCUGCUUGGGGUUGUCCAGAAUCUUGCCGGUUUCUUUGUCGCCCGCUUCUUUCUCGGUGUGACUGAGUCUGGACUGUUCCCAGGUGUUGUUUACUACUUCUCCAUGUGGUACAAGCGACGCGAACGGCAGUAUAGGAUCUCACUCUUCUUCUCUGCGGCAGCUCUAGCAGGGUCUUUCGGUGGAAUCCUCGCCUAUGGAAUAAGCUUCAUGGCAGGAAUUGUCUGGGCCAACGGCUGGCGAUGGAUUUUUAUAUUGGAGGGUCUUGCGACCAUUGUAGUCGCUGUCUUCGCGUACUGGUUCGUUUACAACUACCCAGAUACUGCCGGAUUCUUGACCGAGAAAGAGCGGAACAUGAUUCAAGCACGGCUCUCUGCAGACAGUGACUCGACGCAUAACGAGGUCUUCACCUGGGGAAAUGUCAACAAGGCACUCCGAGACCCCAAGUGUUGGCUUUACGGGUUCGCCUUCCACACUAUGAGCCUGCCUCUGUACACGUACUCUCUCUUCCUGCCAAGUAUCAUCAAGUCACUGGGAUAUACAGCAGCGAGGGCUCAACUCCUGACCAUUCCGCCAUACGCUUUCGCAUUCAUCACUACCCUGGCAGUAGCCAUCCUCUCUGAGAAGCUGAACAAGCGUGCGAUUUUCGUGGCCGGGUCGGCUGCUUUCGGAGCGAUAGGCUAUGUAAUUCUGCUCGCAAAUACCGAUCCCGUUGGCCGACCUGGCAUCCACUAUCUGGGGACAUUCUUCGCCGCCGGCGGGAUCUACCCGGCCACGGCCUUGGCUCUGUCCUGGCCGGCCAUCAAUGUCUCCGGCCAGACGAAGAGAGCCAUUGCAAACGCUAUGCAAAUCUCGAUUGGAAACUGCGGAGCAGUCUUGGGUACGCAGCUGUACCGUGCCAAUGACGGACCUCGGUAUAUCGUCGGGCACAGCUUUGCACUGGGGUAUCUCUUGGCAAAUAUUAUAGUGUCUGGUCUCCUGUAUUGGAUAUUGAAAAAAGAGAACACCGAGAGGGAGGCGAUUGCCGAGGAGGUCAAGGAGGUGGGCCAACUGGACGACUGGGCCCUCGGCGACGAUGACCCAAGGUGGCGAUUCCAGUACUGA